AGAAAACUAACCCCCCAAAUCUGGUGGCAAAACAGCUGGAAAAGUGAAGAAGCUGUUGGCGUGAGAGUUUCUGGUGAAGUAAAAAGUCAGAAUGGACAAGAGGGACGAAAAGCAAUCGUGUGGUUUUGUUUGAAGACAUUGUUUGAACCGUUAUAGCAUCAAAUGCAGACCAAAGAAAAGCAUCGACCUAAGAUUUCUUCAGAAGAAUAUCUCAGAUAUUUGGUCAGUCUGUAAGGACAUUUAGGAAAUCAUGGGAAGUUUUAAAGGCCAUGCAUUGCCUGGAAGUUUCUUCCUGAUCACUGGUCUCUGGUGGGCUGCCAAGCAGACAUUUUUGUAUGCCACCCGCAGAAACAAAAGCGCCGGUGCGGGCAGACUGGCGUCUCGAGCACUCCAACGCCGCAUAGAAAUCAUAGAAGGAGCUGUCAUUUUAUCGUUUUCUAUUAUUGGGAUGCUAGCAGAGCAGCUUUUAGCUGGUGGACCCAAGUUUCAGCUGUAUGAUUCCUCCACUCAGCACUGGGAGCAGCUGAUGAAUUGGCAGCACACCACUAUGUACCUGUUCUUUGCCAUCUCAGGGGCCAUUUCUCUCACAGUCCACAGCACAGACAUCGCCCCAAUCGCAUUAGACCGCAUGCUGCUGGCACUUGCUUUCUUUAAUGAGGGAUUCCUGUUCCUUUACCAUCUGCAUGGUAGAGGCAUGCUUGAUGUCCACGUGCACACCCUUCUCCUCUAUGCCAUCUUUGGACAAGCCUUCAUUUGCCUUCUGGAGGUUUUCCACAGGGGGAAUAUUCUGCUUGAGCUGCUCAGAGCAACUCUCACUGUACUGCAGGGCAGCUGGUUCUGGCAGAUUGGCUUUGUUCUGUACCCUCCAAGUCAAGUGAAAUGGGAUCUGGCAGACCAUGACAAUGCAGUGUUCGUCACAUUAUGCUACUGUUGGCACCUUGCGUUUGCUUUGCUCACUGUGGCUGUAGUGUACUGGUCUGUUCUCUGUGCGGUGCGUUCCAGACUGAGGAGGGUGCCACCCAUGGAAAUGGGUCUUUUGAAACCGAGGGAAAAAGAAGUGGAGUCUGAAGAUGAGAUUUUAUGAAUAUUCAUCAUCCCUGCAUCCAUAUGCUUUUAGCCUUCAACCCAAAGAAAAAAAGAGACAGAGAGCGAAAGGCAGACAGAAACAAAAAGGUAUUGUCACUAAAUAUUAGCUCUGUCUUCAUUUCCUGAAGAGCAGAUGGGAGAUAAUAAACAGUGACAGUCUUGCCUUCCAAGAUCUGUUUCAUUAAACCAUGAUAAGUGAGUCGCAGGAGUAAAUCAUGAAAGCCAUAGUGUAAUAUCUCCAUCUCAUGUUCCCAGUGCGAUCACUUGAGCGAUAGUUACAGCUCUCUGUCCAUGCUGUCUGCCAUCUUUUGUGGUCAUUAUUUUUUAUUAUAUUGCUCCCUGUUUCUCUCAUGCACCUCAGGACCAACUGAUGAGAAAUAAAUUAAAACUUGAGUCUUUUCUAUACAUACAGUAUAUGAAUUAUGUCAAUUAUAAAAGAUGUUUUUGAUUAUUAUUAGGCCUUUAUCUUUGAUGCAAUGCUGUGUCAAUUGAAGAAUGUUAAUGUGCCUUGUCAGUAUCUAAAGAUACAGCAUUUUUAUUGCAUAGUUUUUAGUGAUACCAUAUGAUCUCUAUUCUAAGACUUUGCAGUUUGCAAGACACUUUUAUAGAUGAAAUGAACGAUGGAUGUUGUAUUUUCUUGUGAUUUUUGACAGCCAUAAUCAUUCUUUGGAAAGCUUGUCAGUCUUUUGCCAUUGUAUCUAAAUUUCUUAAAUAUCACAGUGUGCUAUCACUGCAUUUAUUGGUUUACUUAAUUUAAGUUG